CUCAGGCCUCGCCGUUCCCGCCCUCGGGAGCCCGCCCCCUCCUACCCGUGCACCCCGCAGCCCCGGGCCGCCCGGGGACCGGUCGCUGGCGUCUUCGGGUCGCGAGGCGCGAUGGCCUCCUCGUCGGGCAACGACGACGACCUGACGAUCCCCAGGGCGGCUAUCAACAAGAUGAUCAAAGAGACUCUGCCCAACGUGCGCGUGGCCAACGACGCGCGGGAGCUGGUGGUGAACUGCUGCACCGAGUUCAUCCACCUCGUGUCCUCGGAGGCCAACGAGAUCUGCAACAAGUCGGAGAAGAAGACCAUCUCCCCGGAGCACGUCAUCCAGGCACUAGAAAGUUUGGGCUUUGGCUCUUACAUCAGUGAAGUAAAAGAAGUCUUACAAGAAUGCAAGACAGUAGCGUUAAAAAGAAGAAAGGCAAGUUCUCGUUUGGAAAACCUUGGCAUUCCUGAAGAAGAGUUGUUGAGACAGCAACAGGAGUUAUUUGCAAAAGCCAGACAGCAGCAAGCAGAAUUGGCCCAACAGGAGUGGCUUCAAAUGCAGCAGGCCGCCCAACAGGCCCAGCUGGCAGCCGCCUCAGCCAGCGCGUCCAAUCAAGCGGGGUCUUCCCAAGAUGAGGAAGAUGAUGACGAUAUCUGAACCCACCAGCCGAGUUCUGUUUCCUCUAUACAUGUUUCCUUGCACAAGAAAAGUGAAAAAAUGCUUAUCUGUAAUUUUGUAUGCAUCUUGGUGGACUUGCCAUUGGUAUUCUAGGGUCUGCUGUUGAGUUUCAUAUAUUGUGUGCUAUAUAUGUAAAGAUUGUCUCUUUGAACUAUUGAAAAUUUAAGGUUCAGUAUAAUAUCAAUUUUGAAUUUUUAAUGGUGUUUAUGAAAUUUUGGAUAGCAGUGAGCCCUUUAUUUGAUCAAUAAACAGUGUUACAGAAAACUUCAA